AUGGUAUUUGAAGUGGGAGACAAGGUUUGGAUCCAUCUGCGCAAAGAGAGAUUUCCGGCCGAGCGCAAAUCCAAACUUAUGCCGAGGAUAGAUGGACCAUUCGAGAUCACUAGAAGAAUCAACAACAACUCCUACCAAAUUGAUCUUCAAGGUAAGUACAAUAUAAGUUCCAGUUUUAAUGUUACUGAUCUUUCUUCUUUUCUUGCAGAUGAACCACAUUUGAGGUCAAAUCCUUUUCAAGAGGGAGGGGAUGAUAUGAUCAUGGAGGAGGUUGCUAGGAACUUGGACCAGGAAGCAGCUGGAGAGCUUGAAGCAGAGGAACAGCUGGAGAGCUUGAAGCAGAGGAACAGCUUGAACCAGAGGAGCAGCUUGAACCAGAGGAAGCAUUGGCGAUGCCAACCGAACCAAUCACUAGGUCGCGAACUAAGCUGUUCAACCAAGAAAUUGGAAGAAUACUUAGCCACUUGGGCCAGAGCAGAAAUGAGGUUAUCCAAACCACUUUGGUUUGUUUAG